AUGACUGUCUCUGGGGCGAUGAAGCUUUGGUAUUUAGUUUUGCUGCUGUUCCUUGUCACGUGUGUGACGUCAGAUGACAGCAGCCUCUACACAUGUCACCCAGGAGUCCGUGCCCCCGGUGUAACGCCAGCUGCAAAUCCGCCACAAAUGCCAUCAUUAGCUGGAGUCAACACGUUUACCACAAAGAUAGAAGCCGUUAUAGGCGAAAGCAACAUGACUGUGUCGGCGGAAGAAUACUUCGACUACGGCAACAACCGAGCCGCACUCUUUAUGUUAAUGUCUGGCUACCUCUACAAACUUAUUUACGACUACAACACUAAUGAGCUCUUCUAUGUCAACCCGGAUCUGUCAUGUUAUACCCACAACCUUACAACAGACACCAAUAACGUGUUCUUUGGAAACAUCAAGCUCUCCAACCAUCUCCAUGUCUUUAACACAAUGGAUGCUCUGCAAUUCGCCGCCACUCAAGGACAGACUUAUAUGGGCCAGGCAACUGUCCGUGGAAUUCUCUGUGACUACUGGAGAACGUGCCUAACCUGGCCUCAGGUCAACUCCACAUUCACACUGGAUUACUACUUUACAACUAAAAACUGGGUAACCCCUGCUGCGAUUCCUCAAGUUCCAGUCCGGGCUGAAGUCUUCGGCUACAGACAAAUGGCAAGCGGACCACAUAAGUUCCACCAUGUCUAUGACUACACGGAAUUUCGUACGGCACCACCGGAUGAUACAACUGUUUUUGAAACGCCAGCUAUGGUAGUGUGUGCUAACCGCACACAGGUGCGCCCUCCCCCACAACUCACUCAGGCCUUUGUCUACCGAGAGGAGAUUGUUCCUAAAUCAGGUGUAUCCACUACCGCUGAUGUGUGGUAUGAUAAUAAUCUUAAGCUUGUAAGAUAUGAUUUUCGACCAUCUUCCCCGGCAGCUCCUUACCACAACACAGAUGCCGUCACGGAAAUUCAUGAUUUUAAUACAGGUGUAGCUUACGUCAUCGAUCGUAUCAUGGCUAACUGUUCUAUCAUACCUAUCAUGAACGUCUCCUUUGACACCUCCCUAAACGUCAGUGUGGCAGCCAACCACCAACAAUUUGUCCUCAAGAUGAAGAGCCCACAAGAUCUCUUUUACAUCGACAAUAACUAUACAUAUGCCGGACAGAGGUACGCCCGUGGUGAGCAGUGUGAUGUCUUCAUCAGACAGAGGUCAGACUUUAUGUUAGGAGGUGUAGCCAUCAAUGCCACACUGGAGUUCUACUUUCUUUCGCAAGACCAGAUACAGAGGAAUAACGAUGGAAAUCUGGUUUCUCAAGUCAGGGACAUUCCAGUCCAGCUAAACGUUAAUGUUCCAAGCAUUCCCUAUAUGGUGACUUACAGCAUUUAUGACUAUGAUCCAGAGGAACCCGCCAUUACUAGCUAUGACGUCAGCACAUGUUACUCCAUUCAAAAUAAAAUGGGCUUUAGGAUAACUUUCUAUGGUAAUUUUGACAGAAAGGUCAGGACGUACAAGGACAUCUUCCUGUAUCAAUCCAUUUCUCUGGCAGCAAGUAUAGCAGGAGUAACUCCCAUUAGAAUUACAAAACCCAGCUUCCAUAUGGAGUCCGGCAACGCGUAUUUCAUCGCUACUUUGGUGGACAGAGCCCCAGUACUAAAGCGGUACCGGAAGUUACCGGGAAAGAUGGUUCAGUACAACAACGACGCUGUUAUUCAGAAUAUCAUGACACCGGAUAUGUGUGCUUCCCUCUGUAGUCAAAACACCAACUUUACCUGUAACAGUUUUGAGUACUGUCCCACAUCCAAAGUGUGUACCCUCAGUAAGAUCCACACCUCAGAUGGGACCGUCGUCAGUUCUACACAGUCGUGCGAUCUAUACGACCGUUCUCUGGGAAGCAAUUCAUUCGUCGAGGUAUCACUACCGGACGCUUGGCAGAACCUGAAGAAUGGAGUCAUUAAACAGCUCUUCCAAAUUAACAUCAAAUACAACAAAAAUACCAAGACCUAUACAGCACAAGACAUCUCAAAUGAUGUGAUAGACAGUACAGAUCUCCCACCAUCAUCCACUAAAACCCUACAAUCCUUUAAAAGUAUGCCGAAUAGGUAUGUUCCUAAUUUUGACGACAACAUCCUAAGUGGUCAGUCCAUUGAUGACUGCGCCCAAGCAUGCGUAGACCAGACUUCCUUUGUGUGUCAGUCGUUUGAGUAUGAAUUGUUAACGGGCACCUGCUUCCUCUCUCAUCUCCAUCCUGACGAACACCCAAGAGUCAUAAAAGGCAUUCAAGGGACAGAUCUAUACAUAAGAGACUAUACCAGUAAAUUCACUAAGCUUCCUGGACAGACCGUGCUAUCUUCCUCUAAUGUGAUUUACCAGCAAAUAUAUGACACGAAUCAGUGUGCUAAGCUCUGCGACAACUACCAAGCUUUCAACUGCAAAUCAUUCGAUUACUGUUCCGAUAUUGGAACAUGUUUUCUGGGGAAAACACAUGUGUUUGAUGUACCAAAAGCCGAUAUUAUAUCCAAUCCUAUGUGCAACCACUACUCAAGAAAUUACAUCGAUGAUUUCACGAGGACAGCACUCAAAACAAUACAACUUGUAAAUGACCGAGUAGUGACUGGUGUCACUUUGGCUCAGUGUGCUAAAAGUUGUGUUGAUACAGAGGCGGGAAGUUGUGCCUCGUUUUCAUACUGUGAUAUGCAGUCACUGUGUCGUCUGACCAGUGCUUCCUUAAAGAACGUUGGUCAGGUAUCAGCAACUGCUAGUGCCACCUGCGACCUGUAUACAAGACAAUAUUUCCCUGAUGGAACAGGAUAUGUGUCCAAUCCUCAGCAGUAUUAUUCCCAGAAAUCAACCUCUACUAACAUGUCCUCAAGUUCUGUAGCAGGUAUAGCCGUUGCUAUGGUGAUUCUAGGAGUCCUUCUUACAGCCAUAGGAAUUUUUGCUUACCUUAGGAAAACCAACAAACGGAUACAAGAUAUUAGAAUGCCAUCACGUGACUAGAGUUGCUCCUAUCACCUCAUCAAUCUCAAAGCAUAAAAUGAUAUCACUUAUCAAUUACCAUUGUGGAUUUU